AUGCCCGGCCUCCGACAGGCGCAAGCCUUCCACACAAACACCGACCGUCGCAGCGGCCAACCUCUCUCUCCUUCCGAACGCGAAAAGAUGCUGAAACCCUACCUUCCACGCGAAGCGAAUCUGUCCAAGAAGCAGCCCUCGUCUACCUCGUCCAAGAACAAUGGCCCACGCUUCCACCACCGCCAACGGGUCCGUCCUGCAAUGCGCCAUAUCCUACACAUCCUCCUCUUCAGCAUCAUACAUGCCGCUUUCUCGGCGUAUGUGAGGCUACGACAGCUUUGGCAUGCGGUGGUCGAUCGGGCACUGGCGGUUCUCUACUAUCAUCAUCGAACGCCAGAGUUGAUUCGACGGGAUGUGAAGGGCCUGAGCAGAGUGCCGAAUCACUUGAGUGUGAUUUUGGAUAUGGGAAAGAAGGACGGACUGGAGACCUUGUUGCAUGAUGCCUGCGAACUUGCGGCGUGGAGUGCGAGUGCUGGGAUACCAAUGCUCUCCAUCUACGAACGAACAGGUAAGACUAGAUCUAACAAGCACUUCCAGACUCCCACGUCGCUAAUGAAUUUUCUUGGAAAGGCAUCCUCAAAUCCCUCCAUCCCCACCUCCACCGCCAAAUCUCAAAAACCCUGACAUCCUACUACGGCGCUUCCUCGCCCAACAAACCCACCAUCUCCCUACGAUCGCCCAACCUCCCCUCCUACAGCCCUCCACACUCUCCCGAAAUCGCAAACGGAGGAGCAACUCCUCACAACCUCACAAUCCUCAUCCUCGACGCAACAGACGGCCGUCAAACUCUCGUCGACCUGACCAAAACUCUCACCGAAAUGUCCCAGAGCGGAAACUUGAGUCCCUCGGACAUCUCCACGGAACUCAUCGAUGCGGAGAUUAGUGAGAGCGUCAUGGGUGAGCCGGAUCUGCUCAUUGUGUUUGGGCCAAGAGUUGUCUUGGAGGGAUAUCCGCCUUGGCAGGUUCGCCUGACGGAGAUUUUCUACGCGCAGGACAAUGUGGGCGGUGUGGGGUACCAGAUAUUCUUGAGGGCUUUGUAUAAAUUUGCCAAGGCGGAGUUUAGAUUUGGGAGAUAG